GUCCGGAGCAGGCAGGGGGACCAGGGCCAGGACCUCCGCCCCGGCUCGGCUUUGCUGCUGCUGAAUGGGACCCAGCCAGAGUGAGAGGAGCCGAUCCCAGCCCAGCGCCUGCGGCAGCGUCUGUAGCCUGAGCGUCGCUGAGAGAAAGACAAUGGGGCCAGCAACUGGAGCUGUGGAAGUGCCGCUGCAGAAGUGUGUUGAUGGCAAUGGGCACCUGGAGAGUGGAGGGGAGCCAGAACCUCCUCGUAACAACAAGAAAAGUCAAACCGGUCCAGUUGUGGUUGCACUGAUAGUUGUAUCAUUCGCUUUGAUCGCUGCCAUCAUUGCUCUGGCAGUGCAGAGAUAUAAGCUUUCAUCAGCUGAUCUGUGCCCCCCUGCUGGCCCUGCGUGCCUGGACGGCUGGAUGGGAUACCGAGGGAAAUGCUACUAUUUCUCCGAGACUGAAGGGAACUGGACCUACGUUCAGAGACUCUGCUCCUUCCUUGGUGCCUCCCUGGCUGGGAUCGACAGUCAGCAGGAAUUAACAUUCCUGCUGCGCCAUAAGGAUGUCCAUGACCACUGGAUCGGCCUCCGGAGGGAGCAGGGGCAGCCCUGGAAAUGGACCAAUGGCACCGAAUUCAACCACCUGUUUCGGAUAAGAGGAGGCGGUGACUGCGCGUAUCUGAAUGACGAGAAAGGGGUCAGCAGCUCACGGUGCUACAUGGAAAGACGGUGGAUCUGUAGCAAACCUGAGGUGUAUGUGAUGGGAAAAGGGACUGCACUGGAAGGGAGCUCAAAAUAAGCCUCCUAGAAAUGACACUGAUACUUACUUGACUAAACCAUGUCCCCAUUCAUUAGCCUGGCCAAGCUCAAGAUCUCAAAAUCAGGCAGUGGGGCCCUCAAGCAAUAAGUAUGUGUGUAGUUUAAACUGUGGAUUCUUCAUGUGUCCCUUCUGCUUCUGAACCUUUAAACUCAGGGACACAUUGUCAAGCUUUUCUCUGCAGCUGAGAGGGCGAGAUCUUAUGAGAAGGAGUCUCAGCCACACGCUGGGGAGGUAAGGGAAGGGGAGGCCUUGUUAGCUUAGACUCCAGAACAGCGUUUUUCAAAUGUAGCCACCAGCUGAUUGUUUUGUAGCCACAAGAGCCUCCAAAGUGGUCAAACAAUUGCUGAGAUGUUCAGUAUUAAAGUUGCCUUGUAAAUGCCAUAAAUCAUAAUGCACACCCCCUUCUAAAUAGUACCGUGCAGGCAGAGCUGAGCUACACAGGUGUGGUUUUCUUUCAAGUCACAGUAUAUUCAUUGGCUAAUCACUAUGUUUACAUCUCCUGUUACUGUAGCUCUCUAAUCGGCUAUUGGCCAUCUCCCUGCGUGGUGUUUGGGUAGGUUGCGAUUGUUCACGGGAGGAGGUGAAAGAGUUAAAAAUGCAAAUGGGGAUCAGAAAGUAUUUCAAAUAAUCUAGUGCCAGAAAAUGACCCUGAAUGUGAUUAGCAGGUGGCUCCUCUGGAACAGUCUGCUAAGAAAAGCAAAACCUAGGAAGAAAAAUGAACAUUUCAGCACUGGGGGAAAGGCAGUUUCUUGUGUUUCUGAAGCCGUCCGAUUCCUUUUCUGAGCAAGUUGCAGUGUGCGCUGUUUGUAAGAGAAAUUCAUCAUAUUGAAAUGUAGGUAGUGCAGUGUCCCUAUAGCACUCAUGCAGGGGAAGUUGAACAAAAUUACUAUGGUGAGUUUCAGAGGCACAAGCUGUUAAGUGAUGCACAAACUAAACUCAAAAGACAACAGCAACAGCUCAGAGAUUUUAUUGUCACUAUUCUCAUUAGUAUUACUGGUCAUUUUUUAGAUUGAUUGGGUUUUUUAUCUGUGAAAGAAAUUUUGGACAUAUUGGCAAUACAUUCUUUCAUUAAUAUUUGGACUUCUGUUAUGUAAAGCAUUUAUAAAUUUAGUUUAGAAUUAUUGUACAGCCAUUCACCUUUUACCAAAAAAGCAAAAGAACAACAAAAAAGACCAGAAUGUGCAAAGCACUUGUUUGUUUUUAGGUCCACUAAAGAGUAAACACAACUGCGCCUCCUUAUUUCUUAUUGAAUCUGCAAAAAGCCCUGGCGUACAUAUGCACAUGUAAUUUAUUUAUUUGUUUUUCCUACAGUUAGUUAAGUAUUGUCAGAGCUGCAUUCUGAGGCUGCCAAAAAUUUGUGAGAACCCAGCUCUAGAAAGUAUUAUCAUUUUGUUUUCUAUGUAUGGGUGGCUCCAAGCACCAGCAGGUCCACCGAUCCCACAGCUUCGGCGGUAAUUCGGUGGCAGGGAUGCUGAAGGCGCGGCACGGGUGGACCUCCCACAGGCAUGCCGCCAAAUCCACGUGGCCAGCGGACCGCCCGCAGGCGUGCCAUCGAAAGCCGCCUGACUGCCAUGCUUGGGGCAGCAAAAACCAUAGAGCCGCCCCUGUUUCUAUGUAACCAUUACUUCCCAGUAUUUAUUCACUCUCGCUUGCAUCUCUGUUCUUUGGUA